CUCAUCUUAAUCUUGCUUGGACUGACUUUAUCAUCAGAAGCCAUGGAGAAGAAGAUUUUCCAGCAACUUGAAGGCAUAGUAUUUGUAGCAGAAGCAUGAAAGAAAUGAAUGUCAAGACGUUAAAGGAUUCAUGGGAUUUUUACAGUACUAAGUGCAAUGGAGGAGGAGAUUUACUUGGUGAAUUUUCAUGGCCACCAAGAUUUUAUACUUGCAACUUUUGCAAGAGAGAGUUCAAAUCUGCUCAAGCUCUUGGUGGUCAUAUGAAUGUUCAUAGGAGAGAGAGAGCCAGAUUGAGAGAGUCUCCACCAAGCGAUAAUAGUCAGUAUUCACUUCUAAACCUUAAUCUUGAACCAAACCCUAACCAAAUUUUGAACCCUAACCCUAGUCCUUAUAAAAUUCUGAACCCUCAUCCUUCUGAAAAUAUGAACCCUAACCCUAGCAUUUCAUCCUCAUCUACAUUGGCAAAAUUCCCACCUUUUAAUUCCACAUUACCUCAAAUAUUUCCUUCCUCUACGCCUUCUUGUUUUUCUGCUACUUUCGCCGAAAAGAGAUGGGGUAACGAUGCUGUUCCAGUAAAUCAUUCGAGACCGUUAACAACAAAUUUGUUGAAGGUGGAAACCACGAAAACACUUUCCGGGGUCAAAAAUCUAACUUCAUUUGAGCAAGAAAAAAACUGUGAAAUUCUCAAGACAUUGGAGUGUGUCCCAAUUCGUGAACCGAAGGAAGACUUGGAUUUGGAACUUCGGCUUGGUUACCUUUAGAUUUUACUUUAGUAUAUUCUUAAAGUUGUU